GCACAACAUCAGUACAUAUUAAUACGGAGUCGCGGACGCAUCGGCACACACGCAUCGCAAACGCCGAAAUGAUCCGUAUUACUUUAAUCUGGGCCGCAGUGGUCGCCAGCCAUCUUUGCUUGGCCUCUCCGAUUGCUGACCCUGAACCCUUUGGGCUAGGAGGCGGCCACAAGACUCAUGUAAAGAUCCUCAUCCCCCAGGAAGUCCACACGGUGCACCACCAUCACGUCGAGAAAGUACCAGUAUUCCAUGAAGUACCAGUUAUCAAAACAGUACCCGUGUACCACGAGGUUCCGGUCGUCAAACACGUGCCGAUAGUCAAAACCGUGCCUGUACCUAUUGUCAACACUGUACAUGUUGAGAAACCUGUUUUCAUACCAGUGAAAGAGCAUCUCAGCUUAUGGCACUGAGGUCUGAGACCCUUCGAUCUUACUGAAUCCAGUACUGGAUUUAUGGAGAUUUAAGUGGUCACACGAUGCUAGUGUUAUAGAUUAUUACUUAAGCCUGAAUUUACAACUACUAGAAAUUGUUAUACAAGGAAAUGUAUGAAAACGUUACAUGUUAUUAGAUGUUACGCUUCUACAGUCGCCGGUGCGCGCGAAAAUGUCACGAACUUCAUACAAAUCUUUGUAUUACAAAUCGUUCACGGGUACGCGCGCACUUUCGUUGCACAGCCCGCUGUCUUUCGGCCGCGCGAUGUGUGUGUAGCCUUAAUUGUUUAUGUUUUUCUGUUUUUCAAUUAUGUGCGCACUAAAUCUAGACUUCUUAGUUUCUAAAGUCGAGCACAUAUCAUAAAGAUUUUUCACGCAGUGUUUUUGUUUGAAGAGCAAAAUAAAAGUGAAGUUUAUGGUCUUAUUUAGUCAAGACUUAAGACUAAAUUGUUACUAUAAGUAUCUUAACUUUUAGUAAGAAGCCUUUGGCUGGAUGAAACCUUACCGGACUAAUUGUCAGACCACACUAAGUUCCGCUCGUAAUAGUUCUGCCAAGACACCAAUAUAAUAUGUGCUUGUCUUAAGUUACAAAUAUUUCACCAUAUUGUUUUUCUAAAGCUGUGAUAUUUCAAAAUCCACAAUAUAGAAAAUCGAUUUGAAUUCAUAUUAUCGAUAAGUUCAAGACUGAUUUGUAAUAUUCAAUACUCUACAUUUUACUUAUAGAUCUAUGAUUAAUAAACUAAAUAUCUUGUUUUUUACUAGCGAUAUUUUAUUGACCUGAUCGAUCAACAAUUCAAAACCUUCGUAUUAUACCGACAAGUAGGUAUUUGUUCAGCACCAAUGAUAAUAAUAUUAUGUGAAAAGGAAGUACUUAUUACAUUCGUGUCUAAAGUAAAGCCUACCCGCAUUCGGGUCACAUUUCGAUACAGCUAUCUUUUCUACUCUCGUGCGUUUUGUAUCUUCUGUCCUACUCAUAGCGAGAACUGAUUUUAUGCGCCAUGUUAUGUGAACGAAACAUAUCUAUUAGUAAUAUCACUGUUGAGUUUGAGCAGGUUUCAGACGAAGCAGAUUCAAUGAGAUAUUUCAUACUUUCACGAAGAAACGGUGACUUC